UUCAACAUCAAGUUUGUCCCCAUUUGCCUCUCUGCUCAUUACCCCGAGGUGUCUUAUGCCAAAAUGCCUGUUGCUCCUCAUCUGCCCUCGGAGAUUAUAUACGAAAUAGUUGCUCCUAUUAUAGUCGAGAACAUCGACCUUCUCAUCACCGAUCGAAGGAGGGUUAAUCGAAAGACCUUCAUAGGCCAGAAUCUUAAAAAUCCUGUCACUGCUCUUCUCAGGACGUCUGUUGCUUUCAGAGCUACGACUCAAAAAGUUCUAUCAGACGCGCUUGGUAUUGCUCUUAAUGAUGACGGUAGUUUACAGCGCAAUCCGUUCCGUAUAAUACGAAACAUCCGGGUCCUGUGGAUGUUUUGUCGCAAGGGCAACUGUAGAAGAUACACGGACCUGGCCAUGAAGUUGAACUACAAGACAUCGAGACUGCCUGCCGCAUAUGUGAUGAUGGCAGGAGGGGAAAUGCUGGUACACGACCGCUUUGUCCCUAAGAUGCAGUCAUACGAUCCCGAGAAGGCGUCAUUGCUACCUAAAGAGGCUCUCCUGUACGCCGAUGAUAUUUCCCCGCAGAUAUUGGCCGGACCUGUGACAAGGCGAAUCGAAAGUUACUUGUGGUCUUGCUACGUAGCGGACGAAAUGAUGGAAUGUAUGGAGCUUCUCGAAGAGGUUUGUAUGCCAUUCAGGAACCCGGGUUUCGGUCGCAAGAGUCCCGGCUACAAGAAUGCUUUAAUCACCACUGUCAGCAUUCUCGAAGUGGUGAAGACUUGCAUGAAGCAGGAAGACAAUCGUCGAUACAACGUUGAGUUCGGCCCUUACCCAGGUGCAGCCAAGCUACGUGCCGACGUCAUCAUGAUCGCCAGAGGCCAUUUAGCACCGCUCAGGAUGGUGAUAAAGCUGCGUAUAACGGACCAAAAAGACAGAGACAUGAUAAUAAAGGCGACACUCGAGGCAUAUACCGCCAUGGAUGGAUUCCUCCAGUCUCUCUUUCCUGCGAAGGACGGUGAAGAGGAUAUUAGCCUGAUGGAUUAUUAUGUCGACUGCGCCCUCCCCUUUAAUGUCACUCAACCUCUAGAUAUUUAGUUGACUAUAUCAUGUGUUCAUCUUCAGCACUUCUGAAAAUGCUCUAAUCGUGUUCUACACCGAUGUCGGGAAAGAUCGUAUAUGUCCAUGGUACCACUUUUAGGACAUUAGAUUUCUGGAGAAGAACCGAAUUUGAACACUCACUUUACGGACUUCGCAGCACCUUCCGUACCAUAUUGCGACUUAUAGCAUCUAGAUCAUUCGUUUACCC